AUGCUGCCCAGAUACGGCUCGCUCAUCCGACCGUCCAACCACGGCAUACCCCACCAUCUGGCAACGGGAGCGUACGCCAGUGCCUACUCGCCCUUACUUAACCUUGGGAGUUCGGCACCCGCCGUCGCCACGCCGGUGCUCGCAAAAAAGUACGACAUCAUGGGGAUGCCGCUCUUGCUGGCGGGAUCGAUGAACGUGGCUGCGAACCCGACUGUGAUGCCUGCCGUCCAGGUGCUCAGCGCAGUCAUCGUCGACGCCUGCGCCGUGGUGGAGGAGCCGAACAAAUCACUUGGACUGCUCACGACACAGCGCGCCAAACUCCUUGGAAUCCCCUUCUUCCCCGCCACCGCAUGCUCCCUCAUCUCCCUCUCCUGUCUCUCAAGCCUCCGCGCGAUCCUCCUCCUCCAACCCCUCGAUCAGGCCCACCGCGGUGUCGGACCUGUCGAUCAAGUUGGCGUUGAAAGAAAUUCAGGAGUUGCUUGCCGGUGCCUCUCGCCAACCUAUUCCAUGACGCCAACCCCCCCAGGAACAGGAACACGUGGGGCGUACAGUUUGACCACGAGCUUUGCGCGUCUCAUCCGUCCCAAACAGUUCCAGAUCGGGCUUGACGUCAGCGAUGGCGUCGUUGAUGCGGCAGAACGAGUCGGCCAGGCCCUGGGCGACGUGCGCAUGGUUGACGCUGGCCGAGUUGAGUUCGAGUCAUCGUUUAUUACAUGCCCAGGUUACAGGGUCAGCCAGGACUGA